GGGAGAGGGGCAGGGAGAGAGGGAGGUGCAGAGGUAGAGAGAGAGAGACAGAAUCUGGGGCAGGCUCCAAGCAUAAAGCCUGACGUGAGGCUCGAACCCACAAGCCGUGAGUUCAUGACCUGAGCCAAAGUCGUCCACUUAACCCACCGAGCCACCCAGGCGCCCCCUACUCUUCUUUCUUAUAGAGCUAAAGGAUUAAAAUGCCCAAUUUAAACAGGUCUUUUCUGUCUUGCUGUGGUAUUUACCCCGCGAAGCCCUUAGCAACAGGCAGGAGGUAGCAAAGGGGCCCGUGGACUGUGAUAAGUGGCAGAGGGUGGACCUUCUGGCUCCACGUGAAGUUGGUCAGCCACAGAUUGAACAGCUUCUUUGGCUGUUGACCAUAUUUGCAGGGUCUCCUAGAGGUGUGAGUAGAAGCGGAGAGAGGACGCCAUGCCCCCAAACGCUUGUGGGAUUAGGCUUGUUCCGGAGUGGUCAGGCCACGAUCAGGUGACCAGGUGGUGGAGGGCAGCCUUCUCUGUUCUCGGAGCCUGGCUCAGGUUAGUCCCCAGAUGGAAACUUGAAGGGUGAUUGGAAUUCUCCAGGAAGAGAUGACGGCACCAGUGACGACUAAUAUUAGUACAAACUGUUUUCACCACCACCACCAUUUUAUCUCUACUGUGUGUGAGAUGCUUUCCACAUGAUGUAUGGUUGAGAUCCAUGACCUCUGAGGCUCCUUGUCAUUCUGUGAUGCUGGGACUGAAAGUCAAGGCGAGUUCAGCACCUGCUUUCUCAGAGGUUAAUCCCUUCCAUCUUGGAGCCUGCUGCUUUUCAGCUGUGUGGAGAUGCUGCCAGCCUCCCAAAACACUAAAACGGUGCAGAAAACCACAUUUGACCCCUUGAGAAAUCAAUCAUCUUCUGUCUGGAGACACUGCCAGGCUCCAGAGACAUGAAAAUGGUGCAGAACCUGUUUGCUUGACCUGUUGGAACCGCUCAUUGGCAUGUCCACAUUCGAGAGUGAAGAAAUAAUUGAGGUAAAUCGUGCACAGGGUGAAAAUUCAAAAGCUACAGUGAAUGAAAAGUCUCCUACACCCUGCUCCGGUUUGCCAUCUGCUGAGUGUUUCUCUCCAGAGAUACCAGUGAGUUAACAUAUUUCCGUUAAUGACCAGCCACAGCGUCCCUGCUGUGAGCUGCUGCUGCUGCCUCCAGAAGCUCCUGAGCCACACACUGGUUGCUGCGGCUGCCGGCUGAGGAAACAUGGCUUACUGGCCACAGUUGAGGUUGCUGCUGUGGAAGAACCUCACUUUCAGAAGAAGACAAACAUGUCAGCUGUUGCUGGAAGUGGCCUGGCCCCUAUUUAUCUUCCUGAUCCUGAUCUCUGUUCGGCUGAGCUACCCACCCUAUGAACAACAUGAAUGCCACUUUCCAAACAAAGCCAUGCCCUCUGCAGGAACGCUUCCUUGGGUUCAGGGGAUUAUCUGUAAUGCCAAUAACCCUUGUUUCCGUUAUCCGACUCCUGGUGAGGCCCCUGGAGUUGUUGGAAACUUUAACAAAUCCAUUGUGUCUCGCCUGUUCUCAGAUGCUCAGCGGCUUCUUUUAUACAGUCAGAAAGACACCAGCAUGAAGGACAUGCACCAAGUUCUAAGGACAUUACAGCAGAUUGAGAAUUACAACUCAAGCUUGAAGCUUCAGGAUUUCCUAGUGGACAAUGAAACCUUCUCUGGAUUCCUGACUUACAACCUCUCUCUGCCAAGGCCUACUGUGGACAAAAUGCUGGGGGCUGAUGUCAGUCUCCACAAGGUAUUUUUGCAAGGCUACCAGUUACAUUUGACCAAUCUGUGCAGUGGAUCAAAAUUAGAAGAGGUGAUUCAACUUGGUGACCAAGAAGUUUCCACGCUGUGCGGCUUGCCAAGGGAGAAACUGGAUGCAGCAGAGCAAGUACUUCGUUCCAACGUGGACAUCCUGAAGCCGAUCCUGACAGAACUAAACUAUACAUCUCCUGUCCUGAGCAAGGAACUGACUAAGGCCACAAAAACUUUGCUGGAUAGUCUUGGGACUCUGGCCCAAGAGCUGUUCAGCAUGAGCAGCUGGAGUGACAUGCGGCAGGAGGUGAUGUUCCUGACCAGUGUGAACAGCUCCAGCUCCUCCACCCAGAUCUACCAGGCUGUGUCCCGCAUUGUGUGUGGCCAUCCAGAGGGUGGGGGCCUGAAGAUCAAGUCCCUCAACUGGUACGAGGACAACAACUAUAAAGCCCUCUUUGGAGGCAACGGCACUGAGGAAGAUGCUGGCACCUUUUAUGACAAUUCUACAACCCCUUAUUGCAAUGAUUUGAUGAAGAAUCUGGAGUCCAGUCCUCUUUCCCGCAUCAUAUGGAAAGCUCUAAAGCCUCUGCUUAUUGGGAAGAUCCUAUAUACACCUGACACUCCAGCCACAAGGCAGGUGAUGGCUGAGGUGAAUAAGACCUUUCAGGAACUGGCUGUGUUUCAUGAUUUGGAAGGCAUGUGGGAAGAGCUCAGCCCUAAGAUCUGGACCUUCAUGGAGAGUAACCCAGAAAUGGACCUUGUUCGGACACUGUUGGACAGCAGAAGCAAUGACCACUUUUGGGAACAGCAAUUAGAUGGCUUAGAUUGGACCGCUAAAGACAUCCUGGCAUUUUUGGCCAAGCACCCAGAGGAUGUCCAGUCUGCCAAUGGCUCUGUAUACACCUGGAGAGAAGCCUUCAAUGAGACCAACCAGGCAAUUCAGACCAUCUCUCGUUUCAUGGAGUGUGUCAACCUGAACAAGCUCGAACCGAUAGCAACAGAAGUCCGGCUCAUCAACAAGUCCAUGGAGCUGCUGGAUGAGAGGAAGUUCUGGGCUGGGAUCGUGUUCACCGGAAUCACUCCUGGCAGUGUUGAGCUGCCCCAUCAUGUCAAGUACAAGAUCCGAAUGGACAUCGACAAUGUGGAGAGGACAAAUAAAAUCAAAGAUGGGUACUGGGACCCGGGUCCUCGGGCUGACCCCUUUGAGGAUAUGCGGUACGUCUGGGGGGGCUUUGCCUACUUGCAAGAUGUGGUGGAACAGGCAAUCAUCAGGGUGCUGACCGGCACUGAGAAGAAAACUGGUGUUUAUGUGCAGCAGAUGCCGUACCCCUGUUAUGUGGAUGACAUCUUCCUGCGGGUGAUGAGCCGGUCGAUGCCUCUGUUCAUGACGCUGGCCUGGAUCUACUCCGUGGCUGUGAUCAUCAAGGGCAUCGUGUAUGAGAAGGAGGCACGGCUGAAGGAGACCAUGCGCAUCAUGGGCCUGGACAAUGGCAUCCUCUGGUUCAGCUGGUUCAUCAGCAGCCUCAUUCCUCUGCUCGUGAGCGCCGGCCUACUGGUGGUCAUCCUAAAAUUAGGAAACCUGCUGCCCUACAGCGACCCCAGCGUGGUGUUUGUCUUUCUGUCCGUGUUUGCUGUGGUGACCAUCCUGCAGUGCUUCCUGAUCAGCACACUCUUCUCCAGAGCCAACCUGGCGGCAGCCUGCGGGGGCAUCAUCUACUUCAUGCUCUACCUGCCCUACGUCCUGUGCGUGGCGUGGCAAGACUAUGUGGGCUUCACGCUCAAGAUCUUCGUGAGCCUGCUGUCUCCUGUGGCUUUUGGGUUUGGCUGUGAAUACUUCGCCCUUUUUGAGGAGCAGGGCAUUGGGGUGCAGUGGGACAACCUGUUUGAGAGCCCCAUGGAGGAAGAUGGCUUCAACCUCACCACGUCAGUCUCCAUGAUGCUGUUCGACACCUUCAUCUAUGGAGUGAUGACGUGGUACAUCGAGGCUGUCUUUCCAGGCCAGUAUGGAAUACCCAGGCCCUGGUAUUUUCCUUGCACCAAAUCCUACUGGUUCGGUGAGGAAAGCGAUGAGAAGAGCCACCCUGGUUCCAGCCAGAAGGGAAUAUCAGAAAUUUGCAUGGAGGAGGAACCCACACACCUGAAGCUGGGCGUGUCCAUUCAGAACUUGAUGAAGGUUUACCGAGAUGGCAUGAAGGUGGCUGUUGAUGGCCUGGCCUUGAAUUUCUAUGAGGGCCAGAUUACCUCCUUCCUGGGCCACAAUGGAGCUGGGAAGACCACCACCAUGUCAAUCCUGACGGGGUUGUUCCCUCCCACCUCGGGCACUGCCUACAUCCUGGGAAAAGACAUUCGCUUUGAGAUGAGCACCAUCCGGCAGAACCUGGGGGUCUGUCCCCAGCACAAUGUGCUGUUUGACAUGCUGACUGUGGAAGAACACAUCUGGUUCUAUGCACGUCUAAAGGGGCUCUCAGAGAAGCAUGUGAAAGCAGAGAUGGAGCAAAUGGCCCUGGAUGUUGGUUUGCCUCCCAGUAAACUGAAAAGCAAAACGAGUCAGCUCUCAGGUGGAAUGAAGAGAAAGCUGUCUGUGGCUUUGGCCUUUGUUGGGGGAUCCAAGGUUGUCAUUCUGGAUGAGCCCACAGCUGGCGUGGACCCUUACUCCCGCAGGGGAAUAUGGGAGCUACUGCUGAAAUAUCGACAAGGCCGGACCAUUAUUCUUUCCACACACCACAUGGAUGAAGCAGACAUCCUGGGGGACAGGAUUGCCAUCAUUUCCCAUGGGAAGCUGUGCUGUGUGGGCUCCUCCCUGUUUCUCAAGAACCAGCUGGGAACAGGCUACUACCUGACCCUGGUCAAGAAAGAUGUGGAAUCCUCCCUCAGUUCCUGCAGAAAUAGCAGUAGCACUGUGUCAUACCUGAAGAAGGUGGUGCCUGAGCUUCCCCCAGCUGGGCAGAGUGGAGGCAGAGGAGGAGAGGUGCAGAGGCUGGUGGCGCUGACUCAAGAUGUAUCCGCUAUCUCCAACCUCAUCAGGAAGCAUGUGGCUGAGGCCCGGCUAGUGGAAGAUAUUGGGCAUGAGCUGACUUAUGUGCUGCCCUAUGAAGCUGCAAAAGAGGGGGCCUUUGUGGAACUCUUCCAUGAGAUUGAUGACCGGCUCUCAGACCUGGGCAUCUCUAGUUAUGGCAUCUCAGAGACUACGCUGGAAGAAAUAUUUCUCAAAGUGGCUGAAGAGAGUGGGGUGGACGCUGAGACUUCAGAUGGCACCUUGCCAGCAAGACGAAACAGACGGGCCUUUGGGGACAAGCAAAGCUGUCUUCGCCCAUUCACUGAAGAUGAUGUCAUUGAUCCUAAUGAUUCUGAUGUAGACCCAGAAUCCAGAGAGACAGACCUGCUUAGCGGGAUGGACGGCAAAGGCUCCUACCAGGUGAAGGGCUGGAAACUCACACAGCAGCAGUUUGUGGCCCUUCUGUGGAAGAGGCUGCUGAUUGCCAGACGGAGUCGGAAGGGAUUCUUUGCUCAGAUUGUCCUGCCAGCUGUGUUUGUCUGCAUUGCCCUGGUGUUCAGCUUGAUCGUGCCACCCUUUGGCAAGUACCCCAGCCUGGAGCUUCAGCCCUGGAUGUACAACGAACAGUACACAUUUGUCAGUAAUGAUGCUCCUGAGGACAUGGGCACCCAGGAACUCUUGAAUGCCCUCACCAGAAACCCUGGCUUCGGGACCCGAUGUAUGGAAGGAAACCCAAUCCCAGACAUGCCUUGCUCAGUGGGGGAAGAGGAGUGGACCACCGCCCCGGUUCCCCAGACCAUCACGAAACUCUUCCAAAGUGGGAACUGGACGAUGGAGAACCCCUCACCCGCCUGCCAGUGUAGCAGCGACAAAAUCAAGAAGAUGCUGCCUGUGUGUCCCCUGGGGGCAGGGGGGCUGCCUCCUCCACAAAGGAAACAGAACACUGCAGACAUCCUUCAGAACCUGACGGGAAGAAACAUUUCGGAUUAUCUUGUGAAGACCUAUGUGCAGAUCAUAGCCAAAAGUUUAAAGAACAAGAUUUGGGUGAAUGAGUUUAGGUACGGAGGGUUUUCCCUGGGUGCCAGUAAUUCUCAUUCACUUCCUUCAAGUCAAGAAGUUAAUAAUGCCAUCAAGCAAGUGAAGAAACACUUGAAGCUGGCCAAGGACAGUUCUGCAGAUCGAUUUCUCAGCAGCUUGGGAAGAUUCAUGACAGGACUAGACACGAAAAAUAACGUCAAGGUGUGGUUCAACAACAAGGGCUGGCAUGCCAUCAGCUCUUUCUUGAAUGUCAUGAACAAUGCCAUCCUCCGGGCCAACCUGCAGAAGGGAGAGAACCCCAGCCAGUAUGGGAUUACCGCUUUCAAUCACCCUCUGAAUCUCACUAAGCAGCAGCUCUCAGAAGUGGCUCUGAUGACUACAUCAGUGGAUGUCCUUGUGUCCAUCUGUGUCAUCUUUGCAAUGUCCUUCGUCCCGGCCAGCUUUGUGGUGUUCCUGAUCCAAGAGCGGGUCAGCAAAGCAAAACACCUGCAGUUCAUCAGUGGAGUGAAGCCUGUCAUCUAUUGGCUCUCCAAUUUUGUGUGGGAUAUGUGCAACUAUGUGGUCCCUGCCACGCUGGUCAUUAUCAUCUUCAUCUGCUUCCAGCAGAAGUCUUACGUGUCCUCUACCAACCUGCCUGUGCUAGCCCUUCUACUUUUGCUGUAUGGGUGGUCGAUCACACCUCUCAUGUACCCAGCCUCCUUCGUGUUCAAGAUCCCCAGCACAGCCUACGUGGUCCUCACUAGCGUGAACCUCUUCAUUGGGAUCAACGGCAGCGUGGCCACUUUUGUGCUGGAGCUAUUCACCAACAAUAAACUGAAUAACAUCAAUGAUAUCCUGAAGUCUGUAUUCUUGAUUUUCCCACAUUUUUGCCUGGGACGGGGGCUCAUCGACAUGGUGAAAAAUCAGGCAAUGGCUGAUGCCCUGGAAAGGUUUGGGGAGAAUCGUUUUGUUUCACCACUGUCUUGGGACUUAGUGGGACGAAACCUCUUCGCCAUGGCUGUGGAAGGGGUGGUAUUCUUCCUCAUCACUGUUCUGAUCCAGUACAGAUUCUUCAUCAGGCCCAGACCUGUAAAUGCAAGGCUUCCUCCAUUGAAUGAUGAGGAUGAAGAUGUGAAGCGGGAAAGACAGAGAAUUCUUGAUGGUGGAGGACAGAAUGACAUCUUGGAAAUCAAGGAGCUGACAAAGAUCUACAGAAGAAAGAGGAAGCCCGCUGUUGAUAGGAUUUGCGUUGGCAUUCCUCCUGGCGAGUGCUUUGGACUUCUGGGAGUUAAUGGGGCUGGGAAAUCAUCAACUUUCAAGAUGUUAACUGGAGAUACCACGGUUACCAGAGGAGAUGCUUUCCUUAACAAAAAUAGUAUCUUAUCAAACAUCCACGAAGUGCAUCAGAACAUGGGCUAUUGCCCUCAGUUUGAUGCCAUCACGGAGUUACUGACUGGAAGAGAGCACGUGGAGUUCUUUGCCCUCUUGAGAGGAGUCCCAGAGAAAGAAGUUGGGAAGGUUGGUGAAUGGGCAAUUCGAAAACUGGGCCUGGUGAAGUAUGGAGAAAAAUAUGCUGGUAACUAUAGUGGAGGCAACAAACGGAAGCUCUCAACAGCCAUGGCUUUGAUUGGCGGGCCUCCUGUAGUGUUUCUGGAUGAACCUACCACAGGCAUGGAUCCCAAAGCCCGGAGAUUCCUAUGGAAUUGUGCCUUAAGUAUUGUCAAGGAAGGGAGAUCAGUAGUGCUUACAUCUCAUAGUAUGGAAGAAUGUGAAGCACUGUGCACUAGGAUGGCAAUUAUGGUGAAUGGGAGGUUCCGGUGUCUUGGCAGUGUCCAGCAUCUGAAAAAUAGGUUUGGAGAUGGUUAUACAAUAGUUGUACGAAUAGCAGGGUCCAACCCUGAUCUGAAGCCUGUCCAGGAGUUCUUUGGACUUGCCUUUCCAGGAAGUGUUCUCAAAGAGAAGCACCGGAACAUGCUCCAGUACCAGCUUCCAUCCUCAUUAUCUUCCCUGGCUAGGAUAUUCAGCAUCCUUUCCCAGAGCAAAAAGCGACUCCACAUAGAAGACUACUCUGUUUCUCAGACAACACUUGACCAAGUAUUUGUAAACUUCGCCAAGGACCAAAGUGAUGAUGACCACUUAAAGGACUUGUCAUUACACAAAAACCAGACAGUAGUGGAUGUUGCAGUUCUCACAUCUUUUCUCCAGGAUGAGAAAGUGAAAGAAAGUUAUGUAUGAAGAAUACUGUUCAUGCAGAGUGACUGAAAGAAAGGAGGAACUAGCUCUCCCUUUGCACCAUGUGAAGUGUUCCAAAAGAGCUGGACGUUUUUGUGGGAAGAAGUAAACUGGAUACUGUACUGAUACUAUCUUCAAUGCAAUGCAAUUCAAUGCAAUGAAAACAAAAUUCCAUUACAGGGGCAGUGCCUUUGUAGCCUAUGUCUUGUAUGGCUCUCAAGUGAAAAAGACUUGAAUUUAGUUUAUUACCUUAUUACCUAUGUGAAACUCUAGUAUGGAACCCAGUGGACAUAUGGGUUUGAAAUCACACUUUUUUUUGUUCCUUUGUAUUCUCACUGGGGUUGCAACAAUAAUUCAUCAAGUAAUCAUGGCCAGUGAUUAUUUAUCAAAAUCAAAAGGCAUGUACAUCUUCAUUCAUUAAGCCGUGCCAUGCCAGGAGACUGGUUUCCCGGUGACACAUCCAUUGCUGGCAAUGAGUGUGCCAGAGUUACUAGUGCCAAGUUGCGCAAAAAGCCUGAAGGACCAUGGUGUGUCAUGCACCCUUUUGCGAGAGCUGCUCUGCUUCAGAGUCUAUCAGCAUCGUAAUCAGGUGACAAAAUGGUGCCAUGUGUGGGAAAGGCCUGCAUUGAUUCCCUCUUUGAUGAGCUGCUGUGGUGGCGGUAACAUGCAAGUUGUGGGUGGCUCAAGACAGGUGAGACUUAGUUCCAUUCUUAUGUUGUCCCUUGCUUGGAGCCAUGGGUCUCCAGGGGUCAUUUUUCUGGGACUUUUUAAAGAAACUAAGAUCCUGGAAAGAAGCCAAGAGCAGCCAAAUUGUUGAGGCUGCAAGCUGCUGAGGCCAGGUCAUGGGAGUAAAGAGAUGGCGUGUUCGAACCUAGGGAGGCCUGUGUCCAUUUGUCCUGGUUGUCUGUUAACACGGUACAUUGCAUCUCAAGAUCUUCCUGUUUGACAGAAGUGUAGUAUUAUUUCUGGCUUUUUAAAUUAAUCUAGAAUAUGAAAAGAUGGAAUUGUAUUUUGACAAAAAUCUUUGUACUUUUAACGUUAUUUGGAAUUUUUAAUUCUGUCAGUGACUUGUGAAUCCUUGGAAUGGCCUCUUUGUAGAACCCGUGGCAUAGAGGAAUAUGGCCUCACUGCUUCACUAGCUAUUUCUUAUGGAAGCUUGCAGGUGUAUCCUCUGACUAGUGCCUAGUGACUAGAAAAUAAGGUGAUGGUCAAGAUCUCAUGACAAUACUAUAUUUGAGUUUAAGGUCAUCAUUUAAAAUACUCUUAAUCUCAGUUUAUUAAGUAUUUUUUGAGUGUAUAUUAUAGCUGAAUCGAGUAUGUAUGUAUGUAUGGAUUGGGUGGGGAGAAAUUAAGUCUCAGUAGAUAAUCCCUGUGCCAUGUUAUUCAGCUAACAGGUUUACAAAUAAUAGGUUGUUUUGUUGUUGUGGGAGCCCAGUGAAGGAAUACUGGGAAGCUUUUUUUUUUUUUUUUAAAUAGCAACAGUGCAAAAGCCAAAAAAGUUUAACUGUCAUAAGGGUCUCAAGACUAAAUAAUGAGUACUUUCACAAAGAAGAUCACUAGCUUCAAAACUUGAGUAACGCAACUUGUGCUUAAGGCGUUUAGUACCUUCAAAUAAUUGGCUUUGAAGAUCUUAGACACCCCAUUCUGACAAUCUCAAAAUUUUCAUCUCCUCAAUCCUGAAUCUGUUAUGAAAAAAAUAAGAACAGCAAAUGCCCACACAUGGAAUAUAUUUCAGACGUUUCCGACCCAGUCUUUUUUUUAGUCAGUAAACAUUUUAAAAAAUAUUAUUUCACUAAUGCCUAAUGUGAUCUGCCUUAAGACAACAAAAAUAUGAGGGAAGUACUGUUGGGUGAAGUUCAAGCCGUCUUUCAAUGUUAUUACUGAUUUCUUCUUUUUCUAAAAUUUAAAUAUUAACUCUAAAGGUGUUAAGAUUUCAGAUCUAUUUCAAAUCUAUAUUUUUAAAAUUUAUAGAAAGUUAUCACAUAACUUGUUUGGAAAAAGAAAAUGACUUAGAAAUUAAUGUAAUUAUUUUCUAAAAUGAUAAACAGGUAAUGAAGGCCUAGUUCCAGUAACCAUUGGCAUGAUGAGGUGAUUAUAUUUUGUGCUGUCUCUAAUAAGAUUCCUAAUUUAUUUUCUCACUGUUUAAUAUUUUUAAAAAUCAAACUUUUGUUAGUUUUCCCAGUUCACUAUUAUCAUGUUCUAAUUCUCUAUUAAAUCAGUGAAUAGCUAGCUCUUGGCUUUAAUUAUUCUGACUUCAAGGUCACAUUGAAAAAAAAUCAAAAGACACUGUGAACUGUUGUGAAAAAACAAAAAAAAAAACCUU